ACAACCCAAAGCAGACGCAAGCUCACAUGCACUAUAUAUUUUAGUGCAAGAAAGGUAGAAGAAGAAGAAGAGAUGGGCGUAAUAAGAGGGGAGAUAUGUCACGAAUUUCCGGUGGAAGCUCCGGCGAGCGUGGUGUGGGAAUCGUACAGAGGGCUGGAGCUUUCCCGGCUGGUGAAUGAGCUGAUGCCUCACCUCGUCGGCACCGUGGAGGUCGUGGAGGGAGAUGGAUCCGCCGGCACGAUUGUCAAGCUCGUUUUUCCUCCAGGAACUCCCGGAAUUGGAUACCUAAAAGAAGUGUUCAGAAUCAUGGAUGACGAGAAGCGUGUGAAGGAGUCGGACACGUUGGAAGGUGGUUUCCUACAUCUUGGUUUUGAUCAUUAUACCAUACGAGUUGAGGUCAUCGACAACAACACGCUACCGAAUCAUUGUAUUAUUAGAUCCACAAUCAAGUAUGAGCUCGAGAACGAUUCAAAAGCGCACCUUCUCUCCCAACUCUCCAUCCAACCACUGAUCACUAUUGCCCACGUCGUCGGUGAUUACAUCGUCAACAAUCACAACAAGUAACUUGCUCUUUUUUUGUGAACUACCAUAUGGUAAUUGGGUGCAUGUUUUGGUAAUCCAUGAGAAUGUAUCUUGCAAAUGUUUAUUGAUCAUGGCUAUAUAAUGUCAAGAUUUUUGGUUUCACAUGAUUGUUACAAUAGCGAAUAUGUAUCAUUGUUAUAAUGCAAUGGUGCUGGUUGUGGUUUGGUAAUAAAAAAUGGAAGUACAGCUCGAGAAACUCACCAUUCUAGCAGCGGAUUGAGCUUCGGACGACAUGGUGUAGUGUAAUGCUUUCCUAAUAAGCCAUAGUGGAAACUGACCCUCAAAAGUCAAAAUGAGCAAU